AUGGUUUCCAGGACGGAGUUGGUUCCAAGCCUUGUCCGCGGCGCUUCAAACAGGCCUGAAGCUGCGGCUGAUGAUAUCCCUAAUAGCCUUAGUGAUAUACCUGUCGAAAACCGCCGGCCGGCUCAGAUGGGUUUGAUCGCUAGGCUUGAGCAUAACCCGGAAGAAGUAGAUAGUUACGCCAUGGAUUGGGUAAAUUUUAGCUGGGACUCAAGUCUUCAGCAGGGGAGUCUGACAAAUUCCGCAUCCACGAGUCUUUCAACAAGACAGCCAAUCUUUCUACAGAACGAUUUUCCUGGAAUUCCAACGACAUCAUCCAGAAGUAGACCUCUUAUACGUCGUCGUCCAGGUACCGCAGCGGCCGAACAAGGUGCUCGGUUGGUGUUGCACAUCAUCCGUGCCUUCCCGGAGAUGAUGCAGCGCCGACAGACGUUCCCUCCUUUCAUCCACCAGCAUUGGCAUACCCCGACUCUACCUGAGAAGCUGGCAACUUGCAUGAGCAUUUCCCAGCUCUUUGUUUCACGGACACACGAGACUAAACCCUUUCUCUGGAGGUCUAUCGACCACGAAGAACAGCGCUUCAGGGACGAGCUCGAAAACUAUUCCAAACAUGAGACACUUGCUGCAAUGCAAGCCCUAGUCAUAUAUACGAUAAUAGCUAUUGUGGAUCAGGAUGGUGAAAUACCUCCUCGUUAUGGUCGCUUGACCCGCACAUUUAAGAUGAUGACGAUCAGAUUUAUACGACUACUCGGUGCCGCUCCUUUUUCGGAGGCUGAAUGGGCAAAUCCAAGUCUUCAAUGGGAAGACUGGGUCUUUGCAGAAUCUCGCAGACGAUUAGGAUGUCUCUGGUUCAUCAUCAGCCGAAUAGUAUGCCCGGACGCGGAUCUACUGUGCCCGACUUUGAAGGCCUGCCGAAACAAGCCGCUAUGCACGGCGAAAGCCAUGUGGGAGGCCCGGUCACGUGAGGAGUGGGAGACUGCGCGUGCUUUCUUCGACGCUGGUCUGUUAUAUACAGACGUGUGGAAUUUUGGGGCGUUGAUAGACGCACAUUACAACCGAGACCCCCUGAACACCAUGAGACUGGACGCCUGGGAAGCCGGCACCGACAAGAUGGGAGUUUUGCUGAGCAUCGCAAUUUCUCUAUUUGACAAUGAUAUGGAAGAAUCUCAAACGGAUCUGUCUCCGGCCGGCUGCUCCAGAUAG